AUGCUCGAGAAGCAUGGGUUGUCAGAGUUUCUGAUUUGGCUACGCCAUACGUACGUGCAGUGCGGCGGCAUUAUCCUGACGUACCCGAGCUCGGCUCCGCAGGGUCCUCGCCAGCAGCAGCAACGUCAGCAGCCACAGCAACAGCAGAAGGCUGAUGGGGAUAAGCCAGUCAAGAACCCCUUGGACACUGAUUUGCCCAAGGGUCACAAGUACCCUGAAGGUUUUAAGUAUUGA